CGCAUGCGUAAACAAUUCAAAACAAAAAUGGCGAAGUAUUAGACGACGACAACACAGAAAAUACAUAUACACAUAAAAUGACUUUACGCUAGAGCUGUGAAUUUAACAAGAGGUAUUAGACACAAGUUUGUAUGAGCAAUUUGAUAUAAUGCUCGAUCUUGAGGUUGUUCCCGAGAGAUCACUUGGAAACGAACAAUGGGAGUUUGUUUUGGGAAUGCCUUUCUAUCAAGCAGUUGCAAUACUGAGGCGACAGGAUAGACAAAUAAAGGGGGUACAAGUGUGGUAUAGUCACCAGUACCCUCUACAAAUGGACCUUGUACUGAAUCUGUCACAUGAUGGAAUCCGUCUGAUCUUUGAUCCCGUGUCACAAAGACUCAAGAUUAUAGAAGUAAAUAAUAUGAGCAAGGUCAAGCUAAAAUACUGUGGGGUCCAUUUUAACUCCCCCCAAAUACAACCAACUAUCGAACAAGUGGACCAGUCAUUUGGGGCCACCCAUCCUGGAGUGUAUAACUCCGAAAAACAGUUGUUUGUGUUAAACUUCAGAGGGCUUUCAUUUGAUUUUCCCAUAGAAUCCAAAUUUGAGCCUAAGUAUGCCCAUGGCCUGGGCUCUCUCCAGUUCCCCAAUGGAUCCUCCCCUGUGGUGUCCAGGAUGUGCCUAUACACAGGAAGCAGCAUGGUAGACACCAAACCACCACCACUUCCUGUUUUAUGUUUCCAUGGAAACUGUUUUGCUGAUUGCAUUGAAGUACUUCGAGAUCACAAUGUAACUCAAGGACUCAAAUUCAUUCUAGUCACAGAAGGGAAUGGCCCAGGAAAGGUUCUAGACCCGAAGAAGAGGGUGGUGGAGAGGAUUGUCAGGUUUGGGGACACCAGCCAGGAUGUGGUAACAGCGCUAGGAAGUCCCUGUAAAGUCUUUUACAAGGCGGAUGACAAAAUGAAGAUCCAUUCGCCUGCAUCACAUCUCCGUUUGCGUUCUCCUAGCUCUGAUUAUUUCUACAACUACUUCACUCUAGGCAUUGAUAUUUUAUUUGAUGCAAGUACUCAUCAAGUUCGUAAAUUUAUUUUGCACUCUAAUUACCCUGGCCACUAUAACUUUAACAUGUACUGUCGCUGUGAGUUUAAGAUCCCUGUUUGUGUGGAAGUCAGCAAACCAAAGAAAAAGAAGAAGACUCAGACAGAAGAGGAGGAAAUCAUCAUUACUGCUUACUCCAAGUGGGAUGCCAUACAGGAUUACCUGAUCAAACCAGAACAGCAACCAGUUAUUUUAAACCGAUCCUCCUCAACUAAUACCAGCAACCCGUUUGGCUCCACCUUUUGUUUUGGUGUCCAAGAUUUGAUAUUUGAGGUCAUGCAGAACCAGCACUUAGCCUCUGUGACACUUUAUCAACCAAAGGUCAAGGUCCUCACAGAACCAUCUUGAUGACAAUGGAAUGAUAGGACCAGUAAGCAGGACAGAUAGGAUAAGAAAACCAACCAAAAAAAUAGUCAUCACUCCUAAAAGGCUGUCGCUUUGAAAUAGAUUUACUUACAUAUCCACUCAAUAGUACAGUUAAACUUAUGUAUCUUGAGCAUCUGCGAUAUCAGGGGUAUCCGAAGUAAGUUUGCGAUUGCUUUUACUGGUACUUUAAAAAUGAUUCAAAAGAAAACCUUUUUGCUUGAAAAACCUGUUUGUGGAACACAAAAAAACAAUGAAUACCUUGCUUAUAUCAAGGUAUAUUCAUGACCCUAAGUGCUAGUUAUGUUUUGUUUUGAGUUCUAGUAAUUAAUUUCACUGCUUAAUUAAAUUCACACUGAAAUACACAAUCAAUUUGUUAACAGAAUUUCCAGUCUGUUAAAUACAUUUAGUGUCAUUGAUACCACCAUGCUUGGUUUAUCAGUUACAUAGUGUAGUUUAUAAGCAGGUAUCAGAUACUUAGAUCUGAUCAAAGAAAUGUUCAAAAUCUGUGGAGUACGAAAUUAAUAAAUGUAACAGUUUCUGUAGACUUAUACAUGUAUAACAAAAUCUUUUUCAAAAAGAAUAAAUUAAAAACACAAACUUUAAAAUUUUACUGCUUGAAUUACACAAUGAAGUGACUGAAAGGACAUGCAGCAUUUCUUCAGUUCUUUUCAAACAUCCAUGCCAAAUUUAUCAAAUUUUAUAUCUCAAACCCAUGGACAUCUCAAAAAUUAUCCUUAGUGAUACUGAAGUUUAACUGUAUUUCAGGGUGUGGUAUCAUUUGACUUAAAUGAAUCAUUAGAAAGCAUUUUGUCAUGAACGAUAUCGGUACAUACAUGUACCUACUCUUGGGAGUAAAGGUAGUUUUGGGCAUAACUACAAUGCCAUCUUUGUGACUAUGGAGUAUCAUUUCCUCAAUUUGUUUAAAAUAGUUUAGUAAUUCUCAAUGAUCUCAGAUAUUUUGAAGAAAAUUACAUUAUUGUUUUGAAUUAUCCAAUAUAUACUGGUAUACCAAUAUGUUUUUUUGGCCUGUACAUGUAUUUGAUGAUUAUUAGGCCAGGAUGUGAUUGAGAUUUUAGAUACAAAAGACAUGUAUUGGUGGUACUAUGCACCAGUACAUGCUUUUUGAAAGGCAGGAAAAAACAAAGCUUACUUCUGGUUAGCAUUCCUCUACUCCUGUUCCUUUGACCCUCUGGCAUGUUUUUUUUUAUCUAAGCCAUUCUUUUACUUGAUUUUAAUUAGGUUUUGUUUAAUUAUUUAGUCAUUAUAUGAAGAACUUGAUCCGCUUGCUCAAAAUAGAAACCAGUCAUUCUGUAUGCAUAGCUCUAGUACAGUUAUUUGUCGUUGCUGAUGAAGUUUGUUUUGCAAAUAUGGUUAAUAAUGUACAUUUACUACAAUAAUCAAUAUUUGAUAGCAUCCAGUUUCUAAUGAGGUGCCAUAGGAGUUUCAUUGUUAUAUUGGUGCAUCUGUUGAAGUCCUAUUGUUUCAUCAGAAUUUUAGAUUCUUUUCUUCCAGUAAGUGGAAAAUUAAGAAAAGAAAUGAAACCUUGGUUCUAACCUUUUUCAGAAACAAAAGAUUUAGUGAUAAUGGUGUUACAAUGAAUAUUCCCUGUAAAACUCUACUAAAAUCACACCCGAGUAACAAAUAUUCAUAUGAAUAGUCUUGUUUUUCUUCCAUUUUCUUUUAAAUUGUGCCUUGGUAUUUUCGAACAUCAGCAUUUUGAAUUGUGAUGAAAAACAAAAUACUGGCAUCAGUCAAUUGCUGUUUCUUUUAUCUAUAUAGAUUUCUUUACCUAUGAUUAUGUGGUAUAUGCUUUCUGUGGGCUAUUUAUCUCCAUUCUUUACAGCCAUUGGUCACCUUUUAAUUCUCAACAAUCAAUCUUCAGUAGAAUCUAUAGUGCAUGUAGGUGACAUAAUGUUGAUGGAGUGGCUUUGUUGAUUUUCAGGCCUUGUACAACAGCGAGUAUGAUUAACAUAUAAAAUCAGUGGUUUGCCCUUUGGGAUGCUGGUUUUAUGCCAUGUCUGUGAUAUUUUAAAAGUGUAUAUAGAGAGAGGCAGGCUAGCAUUCGUUUCUUCUGGAAUUCCUUCUGAUAUUGUAUUACAAACUCUCAUAUCAUUUUACAUCCAUCUAUUAUCAUAUACUUUGUGAGAGUCAACACAUCAUGAAAUUACAGUUCAUUCUGUAAAUAUUGUACAGUAUCAUAUUGUUGAAACAAUAUAUGUGUUUAAGAGUUUAAUGCUUUUGAACUGAAUUUAUUGCAUGUAUCCUUAUUAUAAAAUACAUGAAUUGUUGUAUUUAAUGAUUCGUUUGUAGGGAUACCAACAUAGAGACAAAAAGCUAUCUCAGGGUUUCGUUUGUCCGAUUCAUUUUUUCUUUCCAAUCAAUGGAUACUCUUCAGGAAUUGCAGUUGGGUCUAGAAUCUGGUUUUUAAUUAAAAUGUGUAGAUUCUUUUUUAAGAUAAUGUGCUCAAGUGUUUAUUGAAUUUAAUCCCUACCUGUGUAAUCCUGUGCAUUUUUUGGUUAAAUGUUCUACAGUGAUGAAUUAUUGGUAGGAUUUUAGCUUCGAGUUUUAUUCAUGCCAGUGAACUUUGAACUCUGUGAUAUGGUCAAAACAAAGAUCACAUUCCUCUUAGUGUUUUAAACAGCAGUAAAGUUGUACAGUGUAUUGACAAGGUCGGUCGAUAAUACAUGUACCAUGUUGACCACUGUAUGUUGACUGAAUGAUGUAGCAUUAUGUGGUGUUUAUUAUCAUUCAUUAAUUCUCAGUAUCCUGUCUUAAUGUUUAUUAGCAGUUAUUUUUUUGUUUUCAAAUUAAUGUCACUUUUUGUCAAAUUGGUAUUUAUUUAUUUAUUAAUUCUUUUUGUAUAAAAUUUGGAAAAGAGAUCAAAAGUGCUUUUAGACAUUUUUAUCAUAUGAUUACAGAAUGUCAAUGUUUAUUUUCUAAUGUGAUAUGUUUCUUAUUCUAUCUAUAUAAUCUAUGUAUUUACCUUUAUAUUAAAAAAAAUUAUUCAUGUCCAAAAUGAUACAAAAAAUAAUAUAUACCUCUGAUUUCACUGUAGUUCAAGAGGGAGUUAUCAUUUUUGUAUCUAAGCUUCUUUAUAUCUAUUGCUGGGUAGAGGAACAUGUAAUUUACCUAAUUGUGGUGACAUUGUGAGAUUGAUGCCUUGUUGUGAAUGAAGUGUCUUGAUGAAUGAGCCAAGUUACAAUGAGUUUCUUCCUUGUUUUUAAAUUUAACUCCAAAUGAAAUACACUUUUAUUUGAAUUCCUUCAAGUUCUAUUUUGACUGCCUUUUUUAAAGCCUAUUAAAAGAAUCUGAUGUGAAGAACAUGAAAGGAUUUGCCCUUAUAAGAAGAGUUAGGGGAGACAACCUCUUUCUGUUUAUCUUCUUUGUAAACUGUAUUUGCUUAUGUGUUCAAAAACUGGAGGCUUGUGCAGUAAAUUAUUUUAAUAAACUAUGCAAAUUGAA